CCCAGCUCGGCGUCUCCGGAGGAAAAACAUCACCAUGGGUCUGUUAUCAAUCCUACGAAAAUUAAAGAGUGCCCCAGACCAGGAGGUGCGCAUCCUGCUUCUGGGUCUUGACAAUGGAGGGAAAACAACACUACUCAAGCAGCUUGCUUCUGAGGACAUCAGUCACAUCACUCCUACACAGGGCUUCAACAUUAAGAGUGUACAAUCCCAGGGCUUUAAGCUGAAUGUGUGGGACAUUGGAGGCCAGAGGAAGAUUAGGCCAUACUGGAGAAACUACUUUGAAAACACUGAUGUGCUUAUCUAUGUCAUAGACAGUGCAGAUAGGAAAAGAUUUGAAGAAACUGGGCAGGAGCUUGCUGAGUUGCUGGAUGAGGAGAAGCUUAGUGGUGUCCCUGUUAUUAUAUUUGCAAAUAAGCAAGACUUGCUUACUGCUGCUCCAGCAUCAGAGAUUGCAGAAGGUCUAAACCUGCACACCAUCCGAGACCGUAUGUGGCAGAUCCAGUCCUGCUCUGCUCUUACAGGCGAGGGAGUCCAGGAUGGCAUGAAUUGGGUCUGCAAGAAUGUGACCAUGAAAAAGAAGUAGAAAUGUGAUUCCAGGCUUCCUAUCGAAAAGCAAACACUGUGGACUCACCAGCUGGUCCAGGUUACUGGGGAACGAUCCCUGUUCUGACAGCAGCUGGGGAGGCCUAGGACCAGACCUUUAACCCCUGACCCUUCAAGCAUCCACCUUCACUGCACAGAAAGUCUCCUUCUACAUUCCUUUUAGAUUCAACAUGUCCUGUCAUCACUGUUUCUUACUCUAUAACCUGACCUCAAUCCCUAAAAUAGAUCACUACAUGUAAACUCUACUUCGGCUAUUAAACUAACAUAGCUACACCAGUGCUACCUGAA